AUGUCUCAGAUGCCAUCCGCGGAGGCAAAGGUUUUGCUCCCUGAUUACCGCGAGACGUCACUUUCAGAGGAACUGACUAUAUCCAUCGUCCGUCCGCUGGGAGAUCCGCCCUCCGUAGAAACCCAAGAUGUCCAGUCGGCGGAGUCUGUAUCGUCUGAAGAGACCUUUAAAUUCCCAACAGGUCUGCAAACCGAAUCACCAAUCUCAGAAGAUCCCUCACAGAGCCUGGAGUCCUCACGAUCAUCCUUCUCCACGUCCGCCUCCGCCUCAACCUCUCUAGACACCCCAAGCGUCUCCACCGAUCUCGUCACCUCUUCAUCCUCUUCCCUCCCCAGCUCCAGUCCGAGCGUCCCCUCCAUCCUGCGCACCUCCUCAUCACUCAUCUUCCCAGUGCACGGCACAGUCGCCUUCGCCCCGCUUCCCAUGAUCGAGCCGCGCCGACGGCAGUCCACUAUUGCGCUCGGCGUCGCCGCGCGCUCGCGCAUCCUGCGGCACCGCCGCCUCCUCCGUGAGCAGGGCAUCAACCCAGACGACGUAUCCAUGCCCGCCUGGUCCGACGAGGUUCAGAUUGUUGAAGAUCCUGAGCAAGGCGCCCUUCGGCAGCGGCACCGCCAUCGGCACACGGACAUUGAGGAGGACCCGUUCGGCGCGGAGGAUGCUUUCGCGUCCAUCGGGAAGCUUGUCAAGGGUGCGGGGCGGAGCUUCUGGCGCCGCGUGGCCCUCAAGCAGCAGAAGUCGCCAGUGUCCGAAGAACAGUCGCCAGCGUCUGAAGAAAAGUUGUCAGCGUCUGAAGAAAAAUCUCCAGCGUCCGAGGAAAAAUCGCCAGUGUCCGACAGAUUAUAUCGACCCCUACAUCCACGACCCUGGCAGGUAAAGUCGUUGCUGACUGCCCCGACCACAGCGCGAGUACGACCACGAGCUCCGUCGACGCUACACACAGGCCUGCUGCGAUGA